AUGCUUUAGUUUUUUCCUCCUGGGGUUGAAUAUUUUCAUGGUUUGGCAAAGAACGACCUGAGUUGAUGGUUUAUCGCUCUUGUCUGUGUUGGUGCGUAAAGAGUGUGUGCUCAUCCCUAUCGGAUGUAUCGUCUUAUCACAUUGCGGAGGGGAGGUAAAUAACAGUUUUAGCAGGUUGCCAAAAUCAGUGAUGCGAACAAAGCCUGAUAUAUCGUUGCUCUGCUGAGGAGCCGGAGGCUACUGUUUUUAGCUCUGACUGGGAGAUGCACGCAGCACUAAACUCUCCACAUUCAGCAUCUGGAGAAUGCGGACAAGUACACUGGGCAUGAUUGGGAUUAAAUCGACCGAUGCCCUUUGCAAUACCUGUUGAGGAGUGUGUGAACAUAUUUGAUCAUUUCGCGCAAUGUGUUUAAACGAUGCCGCACUGCUUUGCAAAUGUUCCACAAUUCAAUUAGAGGACUCUUUGCCAUUCUGCUGAUGCUGUUGGAGUGGACCAAACCAGGGCUAUCUAACCCCCUGCGUCCGAUCUGUGACCUGCGGGUCCUAAAACACUUCAUUGAAGAGGCCAGAGACGCUGAGGCAGCCAUGCUGGCAUGUAAAGAAGGACGUGGUCUUCCAGAGCCCGUCACUGUUCCCCAAACCAAAGUAGACUUCAACGUCUGGGAGAGGAAAAAUGCACUGGAGCAAGCUCAGGAGGUACAGUCUGGCCUGUGGCUGUUAAACCAGGCCAUCGGCUCGCUACGAGCCACCGCCACCGACACAGCGCUGCACAGCCACAUAGACAACAGCCUCAGAAACAUCUUCAGCAUCGGACAGGUGCUGCUCAGCCUCAACAUCCAGGAGUACACCCCUCCAGCAGGGGGAGUGGCUGGAGGUGAGGAGACAUGGCGGGUGUCGUCUGCCUCAGAGCUCCUCCAGGUCCACGUCAACUUCCUGCGAGGCAAGGUGCACCUCUUGCUGUCCAACGCACCUGUCUGCCACCAGGGUAGCAGCUGAUUGGGGCUCUCCGAGGCAGGGCUGAACUGAUUGGAGCUCCUUCUGGCAGGGGGCGGGCUCUGACACUAUUGACCCUGCUUGUUGCCAGGUAGAAGUCUAAAAGAGGAGAGUGUGUGGACCAGAUCCUCACAGGAGGGAAUGAAGCUAUGUGGACAGAACAGUUCCUAUUGGACUUUUAAAAGGACAAGAGCAGGUAGCACCUUGAAUAUGGACAUGAGGGAGGUAUGUAAUGAAGAAGUCACCAAUGAAUGGGGCCCAUAGAAUGCACUGCUCUACAGCUCUUCAGUACUGUGUGUGUGUAUGUGUGUGUCUGUGUGUGUGUGUCUCUGUGUGUAUGUGUGCCUGUGUGUUUUAGCAUGGACUGUGAGUUCUCGUCGACAAGCACUGCACAGUCCACGUGGAUUGCACAUGAUGGCACCUUGUUGGAGUUAUACUCCACUGUACCUGACUGACAGCAUUGACUGCCUAUCAAAGUCCAGGAUGAGGAGACCAGCCUGUACCACAAACUCUUCAAACAUCACCGCCUGCCUCAUUCUUAACACACAACACUUUUCCAACUGCUGUCUAUUAGUGUCCUUGAAUGAAUUUUAUAUUGCUUUUGUAAUGACUUAUUUAUAUUUCUACUUUUAAGCUCCACUCACUGUCAUGGCUAUAGUAUUCUGAGAUAUAUACUGUAACUAGGAGCUAGAGACCACAGUCGGGCACUAGCGGUUAAUCAUAAUCACUAUAUAACACCACUGAACAUUGAUGUUGUAAAGAUAUUUGUAUACGUCAAUAUCCAACCAUUCACUACUGUCUGUUACCCUUCAUAGAAUAAAUGAUCAGUGUGUUUGUAUGUAUGUAUGUACUGUGUGUGUGAGAAAGUAUCUGUGUGAAUGACAGUUUUAUACAACUCUUAUAACCCUAUUGAAUGGACUAGUCGGGUUGAAGGAGGAAAAGAUUGAGAGGAAGAAAGGGCUUACACGAGAACUCUGAAGCUAUGCGAUGAUUAUCAGUGUGUCUAGCUUAUGCAGACCAGGGCUCAACUAGAGCUUUGACGCAGAUAGCAAGACUGCCAGGAAAAAUAUUGAUUGGUUCUUAUGAUGAACAUCCUGCAUGCCUGUCUGUCUUUCUCCGUCAUUCAACCAGCAGCCAAUCAACCCAAAUCCUGGGAACCUUUGGAGUCGCUGACGUUGUGGAUGCUUUCAAUUUCGGGAUUCAUUUUGUUCUCCUGUGUUGUUUUGCUUCCUGUUUGAACGUCUUCCAGUCACGGUGCAGAUGUUUGAACGGAUGUUUGUACAUGUUUUUCUCCUGUUUGUUUCAGUCGUUUUGUCCCCUCUAUCACAGUGCCAUUUGGUAUUUAAAUACAAAAUAUUAUUCUUAAAUAAAAUAAAAGGAUGGAUGACGAAAAAG